UUGUGUCAUUAGACUGCAUACGGCAACUGAGGGGAGAUGAACUUGCCUGGCACUUCAAGGGAAUGUCAGAAACGCUUUCCUGGAUCGUGAACUUUUAAAGUGCGUCGCCAGUCGCGUUUCCACACACUGAACUGUACAAUCGCUUGAUUGUCACGAUUGUUUUGACAGUCCCCCCUCUUUUCCCCUUUCCGUUUUAUUUCUCAUUUUUUUUCUAUUGUGAGUGGAUUCGCAUAUCGAAACAAAAGUGGAUUUAACAGACGUUGCGCUGUCCAUCACUUCUCCAAGAUGCUCUUGGUGUCCCAGCAGCUGCUAGACACACCUCGCAUGGAGCCAAUACUGCCUGGAUCACUGAAGAGGAAGCUGACUGGACCCGAGGGCUCUCUGGGGUCGGUGAACGGGCUCUCGGAUGGCCCCAUGUCCCAGGGCAGCGGUAAGCGCCUCUGCCUGGAGGAUGUCACCAUGGGCACCGGCUACCCGCAGCCGCCUUUCUCUUCUGGACCCGGGGUGGGCGGCCAGGGCGGCAUUAACAGCAGAAACAACAAUAACGGGCUGGAGUCCCCGUACAUGCCCACAAAGGUGAGCCCUGCGGGGUCGGCGCCCGGGGGUGCAGGUGGCGGGGGUGGCAUGGGAGGGGGCAUGGCGUCGCCGUUUGGCAACAAUGGGGGCAGCGUGGCGUCCUCGGUGGAGCAGGAGCUGCAGGACAUCCUGGAGGAGCUGACCAAGAAUCCCGACCCAACCCUGCCUGAGCUGGACAUCGAGAAGAUCCUGGGCAGCAAGGAGGACGAGGGGACGGCCGGCGGUGGCCCCGGGCCGUUCAUGCACCCGGACGAGGCCGGCACGCCCAAAUGCUCCCCACCGAGGCCCUCUCACCUGGAGGCCCAUCUGACCCGCUCCCCGGGCUUCCCCCAGGCCGGCUCCCCUCAGGUGGGCCUCAGCCCGGCCGGCGCCCCUUACCCCCUGUCCCACCCGUCCAAGCCGGUCCUCUCGCCGCUCUCGGCCUCCCCCUUGUCAUCGUCCUCCUCGUCCUCGCAGGCCCAGAACCAGGCGCGGUCGCCCAUGCUCUCGGCCGCCCUGUCCAGCCGCGGCGUCCGGCUGGCGGUGCGAGAUGUCCCGUCGCAAGCAGCUCCAGCAGCUAGCCUCCAACAGCAACAAGCACCACCCGUCUGGGAACCAGGGCCCUGCCCCACCACCGCCCCCUCCCUCCCAGCCAGGCAUGCCCUCCUCGGGCUCCUCGUCCUCCUGGGCCGGUCCCUCUCCGCCGUACCGGCCCGGGGACAAGCUCCCCAACUCGUCCCCCACCAGCAGCCCUUCAGCCCAGCCGGCAGCAGCAUCCAGAGCCCCCAGAGCUCCCUCAUCUCCAGCCUGGCUCCAGCACCGGCCCAGGGCCCCUCGCCGCCCUACCGGCCCGAGAAGCUGACCAGCCCGGCCCUGGCUCAGCCGCCGUUCAGCCCGCAGAGCGCCCUGCUGCCCUCCGGGAGCGUUCCCCAAACAGGGGGCAGCAUCCAGGGCUCGCAGGCCAGCUAUCUGGGCCCCGGGGCCACCACAGCGGGGGCCACCCGCCCCUCGCCGCCCUACCGGCAGGACCCCAAGCACGGGAGCCCGGGCGUGGGCAUGGGCGUCCCCUCGCAGCAGCAGAACGGCUCGGCCGUUCAGAACAGUCAGCUGUUCAAGGCCAUCACCUCCAGCCAGCCGGCGCCUAGCAACCUCAAGCUGCUCAUGCAGCAGGGUCAGCAGGGGCCCACCUCCGCAGGACAGUCCGUGCACCAGCCCAUGGCUCCGGGGCCCAUGGGAAAGGGCCCUGGUGGAGGCCCGGACUCCUUCUCCUUCAACAACACCAAGCCCCUGCGCCACUUUGACCCCGACCUGACCGUGGCGGCGGCGAGCCAGCAGCAGCAGAAGAUGGGCGGACCGGCCAGCCUUCCGUCGCCGGCGGCUAGCGGUAACGGUGGCCACGGGCCGAUGGGAGGACCGGCCUACCGUGGGCCCAGCAUGCAGACCGCACCUCCAGCAUCAGCGGCUGUGGCUGCCAGUCACAACCACUUGUUCCAGCAGCGGAUGCAGAGGGCCAUGCAGAGGGGCUCGGGGCCUGGAGGAAUGGUCUGCAGAGAGGACCCAGGCGCUGGGAUGGUUCCUCGGCUCCAGGACCCAUCGUCUGUUUCCACGGCCCGGUCAGAGUAGCUACAACAACAUGCUGCUGAAGUCCCAGCUGAUACGCAAGCAGCUGGAGAAGCAAAGACAGAUGGAGCAAAUGAAUGGAGGCCCCAUGUCAGACUGCCAGCAGGUGAUGCCAUUCCA